AUGUUGGACUGGAUGAAGGGGAAUGAAGGUGCAAAUGCUCCAGAUGAUUCCAAAUUGCAGGAACCUCCUGAAACCCCCGGUCAUGUCUUCGCGAUCCGGGCCUUCAAAAGCGCGAUUUUUGGCACCCCUGGGGCUGAAGAAGAGAAUGAGAGCAAAACUUCCCAACCAAAACAAUCUGAACACCAACGAAGCAAGAGUGAUUCCAUCAAGCUAGCCCCACCCGAACUUAAGCCCGACUUGAAGCCACCUGAUGACGCGACGGUCAACCCCUCAGGAUCCCCGACCAAAAGCAUACUUGUCACCCCUGGAACUGCCCUGCGUCGCAAAACAGUCUCAUUUGGAGAGAGUGUGGUCGAUAAUGAGGGGAAACGCCCUGGUUCGGCCAGCAAGCCUGCCAAGACUCCACCAAAUCCCUCUGGGUCCAUCAGUAGCCAGUGGAUGUCUGGAUCGUCAGAUGGCAGCGGCAAACCGCGGAGCAAGCUCACCCAAACACUCAUGAAUGCGCGCGACAAUGCAUCAAAGAACUCAGAAGGCCCCCAAACCGAUGAAAGUACAGAGAACCCCGACAGUCCUCAAUUGGAAACGCUCGACAAUGAGGAUAUCACGAUAAAUCUGGAAGAUCCACACUCUGAAUCCGGCAAGUACUGGAAAACCGAAUUCGACAACUACCGUGUGAAGACCAACCGUGAGAUCAAAAAGUUGGUCCAUUACCGAUCCAUCGCCAAAUCCUAUGCUAGGAAGAAGGACUCUGAAGCUAUGCGGCUAGCCGAUAAACUGAAAGAGGAGGAAGAAAAGGUUGCCGAAAUGGAAAGACAGGUUUCGCGACUGGCUUCCUCCAUGGUGGGACAGGAGUCAACCGGUGACAAAGAGCGGCUGGUCCAAGACCUGACUAAACAGACGGCACUUGCCUUGCAAUACAAACAGCAGGUCACGUCUCUGCGCAACACUUUAGAGAAGCAUGAUGUUGUUAGCGAUGCAGCAAACAUUGCAGAAAAGAAGAAAGAACAAUCCUCACCUGUCGAGCCCUCGGAUGAACUUCACAAAACACAACAAGAGCUCAAACAGGCCAAUGCUAAGAUCGAGGAAAUGCAACGCCAAGUCUCGGAGCUCAGCACCCUGCAGGAUCUGGCCCAGAGCUCGGAGAAGAAAGCCCAGGCAUUGGAACAAGAGAAUAACACCCUCAAGCAAACGUUGGCUCGAGUGAAGCAGGAGAUGUCGCGAUAUGAAGGGCGACGCAAAGACAAAGAAACCAGACUGAAGCAGAGGGAGGCAAGGCUGGAGCAGCGCAUUCAGGAAUACAGAGAGAAGCUCAAAACGGUAUCCCAUGACCAUCGUGAAUCGGAGGAAAAUUUGAGGAACACAUUCGAGACAGAACGUCGUCAUAUGCAGAAGCAAAUCGAUCUUCUGAAGCUCAGACUUGGUCCUGGCGAACGUUUCCCGGCACUACCUUCAGCUGAGCGGCAAUUCAUUAGUCCACGCAAAGACAUUCCGCGAAAAGACCACACGGGCGUUCAGACAUUUGAUUUUGGUGUACAGGAGCAUGAAGCAACGGAAGAAGAGCCAACCGACGACAUCGAGCCACCUCCCAGUCCAAGUCCACGUUCCAAGGUCCGCGAGUCAGGGCCUAUCCCGCGUAGCACCACGUUGGGAAGCUUGAGGGCUAGGCGCAAUGCACAGGAAAUAGCCGCAGACGAGGACGAAGUCACACAUUAUUUGAACAAGAUUCUACCCAAGCCACGCCAUGAAUCACACAAAGAAGGGUUUGACGAGGCUCCACCUUCGUCACCUCCUGACGUCUCGGCUCUCAAGUCCUUGAACCGUACAUUCUCGAGGCGACGGCUUGGAGACGGCCAGCGCUCCUAUCGCUCUCUGAACGUGACUGGGCAGGAUGACACCAAGCUCAGCAUCAGACCUGCACAGCGUGAACGGCCCCACAUCAACACUACUCUGGACUCGCUCGCAGACCUGCCAUAUCGCAACCGCUAUCCAGGGUAUACCAUCUCAGCAGGCGAACGAGUAGGCAAGAGGUAUUCGGCGCCUGCUGCUGCUGUACAGCGCGACCUUCCUUCGCCUGAGCGAGUUGCUGCAGCCAAAUUGCGGUAUAGGCAAAGGAAAUCCCUUGGGAAGGAGAAUGUAUGA